GCAAGGUAGAAUCCGAGGUUUACCUGUUCCCUCAGGUAGUCCUCCGCCUCCGAGUAUUCCUUCGGAAAGUAUUGGUAACAACUUUGUAACUAAGUGUGAAUAACAGCUGUGGAGACUCCGAUUAACCAAAUGGCGUGAAGUUGACUUUGGAUAUAAGGACUUUAACUCCUUACCGAACCACUGCCGGGAAAAAAAUAACUCGCCAUUGACUUCCGGAAGAAUUUUGUGGUAACUAGUGGACUAUCCUUUUAUGCCACAUGCCGCCCUGGUCCUCAUGAGCCAUGUCUGGAGGUCCAAACUCGGAGAAAUGGAGCCCGGCGUCUGGGCCCUCUGGGAGUGGAGGAGGAGGAGGAGGAGGAAACGGGGUGCUCCUCAACCGCACCGUCUCCCAGGGCAGCACCAGCAGCGGCCGGCCCUACCAGGAGCGCUGCGUGGACCCUCCCUACACCCCGACAACAAAGACCCCCACCACCACGACUAAUAAGGGCGGUGUGCACAAGGCCGAUCCCCGAGAUGCUAACGGCAAACAGGCAGAGAUCCAGGACUUCCUAGCGGUGCCGUCCGAGUCGUAUGCCGGGGGUGGCGGGACGUCGUGCGCCGUUUGCACGCCGUGCGCCUCGCUGGCGGCCUGCCGGACAUUUGUGUGCACCGUGCUGACGUGUGGCCUGUACCGCGCGUGCAGGCGGCUGCCGUGCCUGUCGCCUGCUGCCCAGGGCCCCUCGCCGGAGGAGGCCAAAAAAGACCCCCGAUCGGCCCCCUCCUUCUCCUUCUCCUCCUCCUCUCAGGCCCCCGAGAGGGAAGACUCAGAGUCGGGCUACACGGACAUCUACCUGCGCGGCGUGAAGGUGGAGUCUAUUUUCCUGGAUGACGAGGAGGAGACGGUGGCGUACAGGCCGCCUCUGCAGGAGCAGCCGAGGCCGUUCGACCUGCACAAGUGCGGCAGCGUGUAUCUGGAGGAGCUGGAUGACGAGUGGAGCCGCACCGGCAGCGGGGACGUGGACGAGCUCAUCUCACGCAAGCUGUUGGAGCUCUACUCACAGGUCCAGAUUGAUGAGUUGGCCAAGUGCACGUCGGACUCCUUCUUCCUGAAGCGCACCAGCGAAAUCAGCCGGCUCAUCUCGGACAUCGUCACGGAGACGCAGAUGGAGGAGAAGGACGCCGAGUGCCGACUGGUGCACGGUAUCAUCCGCCUCAGCACGCGCAAGAGCAAGAAGCGGCCGCCCGUGCAGGUGCGCCGACACACCGAGACGCCUACCGACAGCGGCACCGAGACCAUGAAGGGAAGCUUCUCCCUCACCGACAGCAACUACAACGACCUUGAUGUCCAGAUCUCCAAGGAGACCUCCUCAGAUAUAGUAGCCAGACAAAUGCGCCAUGGCAGUGAUCGAGCCAACUCGUCCAGUUCGCCAACUACAUUCUCGCCAGCCUACCGGGAGACAGACACGGACUCCUCUGGCCUUCCGCUUCUUCACAGGUAUCCCCGCACAUGAGCCCUGGGAAGAAGGAAGACCGCCUGUACGUACACACACACACACACACACACACACACACACACACACACACACACACACACACACACACACACACACACACACACACACACACACACACACACACACAUACUAUACUGUAUCUGGGGAGGCCAGAAACAUUAGAGUGGUGCCACCCGUAAAGGAAUAUGGUGAAGGAAAACCUAAGGUCAGUAAUAUUAUUACUAAAUAACUUGAGCCAUAGACAUUUUAUUAGGAUGAAAAAUGACAUGUCCUGUUUGUCUUUUAGGAUUGUUGGUAAUUUAUAAUUGUGCAGGCUCUUGUUCCCUCAUCAUUGUUUUUUAUUUUAUUUUUUGAGAUGACUGUCUUUUGUUUUGUGCCGUCCCUUGUCCAUUGAGUAAAGAAAACAUAGUCAUGCAUUUUCUGUAGGAACAGAGAUGGGAGAGCAAAAAUGUGAG